AUGGCCGACACUCCCGUUACCCUGCGGACUCGCAAGUUCAUCCGCAACCCCCUGCUUGCUCGUAAGCAGAUGGUCGUUGACGUCCUCCACCCCAACCGCGCCAACGUCUCCAAGGAUGAGCUCCGCGGCAAGCUCGCCGACCUGUACAAGGCCAACAAGGACCAGGUCUCCGUCUUCGGCUUCCGUACGCAAUACGGUGGUGGCAAGAGCACUGGCUUCGCCCUCGUCUACGACUCCCAGGAGGCCCUGAAGAAGUUCGAGCCUCACUACCGUCUCGUCCGUAUCGGUGCUGCCGAGAAGAUCGAGAAGCCCAGCAGACAGCAGCGCAAGCAGCGCAAGAACCGCUCCAAGAAGUUCCGUGGUACCGCCAAGACCAAGGGCCCCAAGAAGUCCAAGAACUAA